GAUUGAAUGCAGUUUUGCAGCAGAUCUUCUAAUAGUGAAGUUUAUUUUUCCCGCUCAAAAUACACCAACCUUGCUCAGCAAGAUGUCUGACUGGAAGACGGGUUUUCUGUGUCUUAUGACACGCCCUUGGGAACCGCUGUUCUAUCCCAGGUACGGUGGCAAAACGUACAUGUCGCUGCCGGAGAGCUACUUCAGCGACCGUUACCGUCCCAUUGCCGGCUCGAUUGCUGAUCGUUUUGGAAGUACGACCCCGUACCACGUGAACGUCAAACAAACGGAACUUCCCGAUUUGAGCUACGCGGAGGCCGUUCCGAGGCAUGCGUUCUACAAUUUGUUCAGCACUGCCCAGCGACGGAUCGCUGGUAAGCUGGUGGAGGACUUUAUGAAGCAGCCCGACCCGGAAACGUUGCUAUCGGUGGCCUCGUACGCCAGAGAUCGACUGAAUCCAACGUUGUUUCAGUACGCGCUCUCGGUUACGCUGCUGCACCGGAAGGACACCGGGCAGGUUUCGAUGCCAUCGCUGCUGGAACUGUUCCCUCAGCGAUUCAUUGAUCCACUGGCACUUCCUAAGCUGCGCGAGGAAGGUUUCAUUGUUGAUCUGCCCCAACGGAUGGCCAUUGAGAUACCGAUGAACUUUACGGCGUCGGAGGCCGAGCUCGAGCAACGGGUUGCGUACUUCCGGGAGGAUAUCGGCGUGAAUCUGCAUCACUGGCAUUGGCAUCUGGUGUACCCCAUGGAUGGUCCGCUUGAGGUGGUUCGGAAAGAUCGUCGUGGGGAGUUGUUCUAUUACAUGCAUCGUCAGAUGGUUGCCCGUUACAGCGCUGAACGUUACUGUAACUUUUUGCCCCCGAUUCAACCGUUGAACAACUUUAGAAUGCCGAUUGGCGAAGCUUACUUUCCGAAGAUUUUGAACUCUGCUUUGAACCGGACGUUUUCAUCAAGACCGAAAGAUUUUGUUCCAAGUCACGUGAAUCGACCGGCAGAUGACGCGGUCGGAACUAUUUUGGAAGUUGAAACGUGGCUUCGUCGUUACUUCGAAGCUGUUGAUUCCGGUGCAGUACUAUUGCCAAAUGGUGAGCGGCUCACGUUGGACGAAACAGCUGGCAUUGAUAUUAUUGGGAAUCUGCUGGAGAACACCAUCCUCUCGGUUAACAUUCCGCAUUACGGUAACAUCCACUCGCUGCUGCACGUAAUCAUAGCGUACAUCCACGAUCCGGACAACGUGUACCUGGAAGGGCCUGCUCCAAUGGGCGACACAGCUACGGCAAUGCGUGAUCCCGUGUUCUACCGCUUGCAUCUGUUUGUAGAUGAUCUGCUUGAACACUACAAACGAAAGUUGAUCCCGUACAGCAUGCAAGAGUUGGGAUUCCCUGGCAUCACCAUUCGAGAUGUUUCCGUUCAAAUCAGUACAGGAACUGCGGUUAAUCGUUUGCUAACCUACUGGCAACGAUCCCAGGUUGAUCUGGGUGUUGGACUCGACUUUGGUCCCCAAGGAAGCGUUCUGGCUACGUUCACUCAUCUUCAGCAUGCCCCGUUCGUCUAUCGGAUCAACGUGGUUAACGAUAUGCAGAAAAACAGACGUGGCACUGUUCGAAUCUUCCUCGCACCGAUUUACCAAGGAUUUGGAGAACCACUUACGUUCGAUAAGCAACGUCGAUUUGUCAUCGAGUUGGAUAAGUUUACGGUCAAUCUGAUCCCCGGGAUGAACAACAUCACGCGACGUUCGGACGAGUCGAGCGUGACGAUUCCCUUCGAGAGGAGCUUCCAACGCAAGGACGUGGCGUUCUUCCCUGGGACCGAACGUCAGCAGUUUUGUAACUGUGGCUGGCCGGAUCAUAUGCUGCUGCCGAAGGAAACGCAAGGAGUGCCUUAUGAUUUGUUUGUCAUGGUUUCGGACUACAAAAAUGAUACCGUCAAUCAAAAGUUUGAUGAGACGGACUGCAAUGAUUCUCACUCGUAUUGCGGAUUACGAGAUCGACUUUAUCCGGAUCGUCGAGCCAUGGGAUUUCCAUUCGAUAGGACUGUGCCGAAGGACGUGCUUCAUAUGGAGGACUUUACGAAGCAGUUUUCCAACAUGAAACGAACGGUUGUGGAAGUUCGCUUCACUAACACGGUUAUCUCGAAAACCUUCCACCCACCCCGGAAUCGAACUGUCGACAUUUGGAUUCAUCACUCGCGAUCAUUUCUAAUCAUACCGAAUCGAGUGCUUCUCCAAGAUACACAACCAACCAGUGUUCGCGCAAUGGCCACCUCCGGAAACCGUAAACUGCUCGCGCUGCUGCAGCGCCCUCUGGAACCGACCUUCUACCCGAAGGACGAUGGAAAGACCGUGAUCGAUCUGCCGGAGAACUACCUCACCGAGCGGUACCGUCCAAUUGGUGAGGCGCUGCAGAACCGUUUCGGCAACGAUGCGGACAACCGUAUUCCGGUCCGUAACGUCGGAACACCGAACAUUGCCUUCGCGGAGGUCAUCGAUCGUCGUGGGGGAUUCUCGCUGUUCAACGCUAAGCACCGCAAGAUCGCCGGAGACUUGAUCGCGCUGUUCUUGAACCAGCCCGAUGUGGAGUCGCUGAUGAGUGUUGCGUCGUACUCUCGCGACCGGUUGAACCCGGUGCUGUUCCAGUACGCUCUGGCGGUCGCCAUCCAGCAUCGGCCGGACACCAAGGAUUUGAACAUCCCAUCGUUCUUGGAGCUGUUCCCGGACUCGUUUGUGGAUCCGUCUGUCUUUCCGAAGCUUCGUGAGGAAGGUGCCGUCGUUCAGCAGGAGAAUCGGAUGACGAUCGACAUUCCGUCGAACUUUACCGCUUCGGAUCGCGAAGACGAGCAGCGGUUGGCGUUCUUCCGUGAGGAUAUCGGUGUGAAUCUACACCACUGGCACUGGCAUUUGGUGUACCCGGGUGAUGGUCCGGACGCGGUUGUGCGCAAGGAUCGUCGUGGUGAGCUGUUCUAUUACAUGCAUCAGCAGUUGAUCGCCCGUUACAACGUUGAACGUUUCUGUGCCAAGCUGAGCCGCGUGCAGCCGUUGAACAACCUGCGACAGCCACUCCCCGAGGGUUACUUCCCGAAGAUUAUCCGAAGCUCGAACAGCCGUGCGUUCCCACCGCGUCCACAGAACCAGGUGUUGAGGGACAUCAACCGCGUGGAUGACGAUGUUAUCUUCAGCAUCAGCGAUCUGGAGCGCUGGGGAAGCCGAAUUGCGGAGAGCAUCGAUUCUGGUUUCGUUCUUGGGCAAAACGGCCAACGAAUUCAAUUGACCGAAGCCAACGGCACUGACAUACUUGGAAACAUUAUGGAACCUUCGAGUCUGUCCGUCAACAGACAGUACUAUGGAAGUUACCACGGCGAUCUUCACAACGUGGUUGCCUACAGCCACGAUCCGGACAACCGUUUCCUGGAAGGAUAUGGCGUGGUGGGAGAGUUCCAGACGGCUAUGCGUGAUCCUUCGUUCUACCGUCUGCACUGUGAAGUUGACAACAUGUUCCACCGUCACAAGGCUACCCUCCCGGCUUAUCCAGCCAACCAGCUCAACUACAACGGAAUCCAGAUCCAAUCCCUUGCCGUUCAGCUGAAUCGUCCGAAUGCGCCGCAAAACGUUCUGCUCACCUACUGGCAACGCACCCAGGUUGAUCUGGCCACCGGACUGGACUUUGGCCCGCAAGGAAACGUGUUCGCUUCGUUCACCCAUCUUCAGCAUGCUCCGUUUACUUUCCGUCUGUCCGUGAACAACACCAGUGGAGCUGCUCGCCGCGGUACCUGCCGUAUCUUCAUCGGUCCUAAGGCCGACGAACGUAACACGCCUCUGACCUACAAGGAGCAACGUAUCCUGAUGGUGGAACUUGACAAAUUUACCGUGACUCUCAACCCCGGAACCAACAACAUCGUUCGCCGCUCGGAGCAAUCCAGCGUGACCAUCCCGUACGAGAGGACGUUCCGUUCGGCUGCCGUUUCGAGCCAACAAGGUACGGAGGUUUACCGGUUCUGCAACUGCGGAUGGCCCCACCAUCUGCUGAUCCCGAAGGGUACUCCCGAGGGACUCCGGUUUGACCUGUUUGCGAUGAUUUCGGACUACAGUGGUGACACCGUUAACCAGGAGUUUGACGAGAAUGUCAACUGCAACGACUCGCACUCGUUCUGUGGACUGCGCGAUCAGCUGUACCCAGAUCGUCGUCCCAUGGGCUAUCCGUUCGAUCGUAACGCUGCCACCAGCAUUCGUACGCUGCAGGACUUUACGCGCCCGAACAGCAACAUGGCGCUCACCGAUGUGCAGGUUAAGUUCACCAACACCGUCAUUGCCAGAACUUAG